UAAUAUGAAGCUGAAACACCCUUCUUCUUCCAUUAGAUUCCUUGUCUACUUCAUCUCUCUCCUCUUCCUUCCCUCCUUAGUUUCAUCCCAAACCUGCAAGAAAUCAUGUGGAGACCAAAUCCUUAGAUACCCAUUUGGCAGCAGCCCUGGCUGCGGCGACCCACGUUUCCAAAACUACAUAACAUGCGACCCAAACCAACACCAACUCACCUUAACCACCCACACCGGCUGCUACUCCAUCGACACCAUCGACUACCAAAAUCAAAUUUUAUACGUCACUGACCCAACCAUGUCCACCUGCUCCUCUACUCAACCCAGUAAAGGCUUUGGCCAUGACUGGAACGCCCCCUUCACCUUCCACGACGACAACAUUGUUGCUCUCCUCGACUGCUCCACCACUUCAUCCCCUCUCUACAGCUCCAACGCCACUACUGUGGCUCUUUGUGAUAACCAAGGCGCAUCUGUGUGUAGUAUCCUCUGUUCCUGCCCUGAUAUUAGCUCCCUCAAUCUACCCAUUUUCACUUGUUGUGUUUACACUCCUACGGAUCUUGGCCCUGCAUUUGAAAUGGACCUGCAAAAGCUGCAAUGCACUUCAUACACAGCUAUUUAUAGCUUCAAUGGCCAGGAAUCCAAUCCUGAGAGAUGGAAGUAUGGGGUAGCCCUUAAGUACCGAUUUAAUGUUAAAAAUGAGUACCCAAGUGAUUGUAACAAUUGCGAGAAGAGUAAUGGUGUGUGUGGCUAUACUGGGGCAUAUAAUUCAUUCAUCUGUAGCUGCAUUAGUGGGAUUAAUACCACCACAGAUUGCUACUUCGCUGCAUCCUUGAGUGACGAUUUGAGACUAAUACCGCGGUUAAUGGGGACUUGGGUGAUCUUCUCUUUAUUUGCUAGCUGGGUUUUCUUGUGA